GCUCAUCACUGCCCUAGACGGCUGCGUGUAACGUCACAUGUGACGUCAUCAUCCCGCGAGAUGUGGGUAGUGAUGGCUGGAUGAGCUGUCUGGCAGGAGACGAGGACCUAGACAGCCUUGCGGGAUGUUUAAACAGCGAUCUGCGGGCUGUAGUAAGAAAAACGAGACUGUUGGUCGAGGUAUGAAAUGUUUCUGGCUUUCAUGUUCAGUUGGAUGGCCCCAUUUGAAACAUGGCAUCUGAACUCUGCCAUACUAUCUCUGUGGCCAGGUUGGAAAAACAUAAGAAUCUUUUCUUAAAUUAUCGGAACCUCAACCAUUUCCCCCUGGAACUGCUAAAAGAUGAGGGCCUGCAAUAUCUGGAGAGGCUUUACAUGAAGCGAAACUCUUUAACAACCUUGCCUGAAAAUCUUGCCCAGAAGCUUCCGAACCUCGUUGAACUGUAUCUGCACUCAAAUAACAUUGUAUUUGUCCCAGAAGCCAUUGGUUCUCUGGUGAAGCUGCAGUCUUUAGACCUAAGUAACAAUGCUCUGGAAAUACUGUGCCCGGACAUUGGGAGACUUAAAUCACUGCGACAUUUGCGCCUGACCAACAACCGGCUGAAAUUCCUACCUCCAGAAAUUGGAAAGCUAAAGGAACUGCAAACCUUGGAUUUGUCAACAAACCACUUGGUCAGUUUACCAGAGAAGUUAUACCAGUGCCAGUCUCUGCAGUUCCUGACAGUGGAUCGAAACCUGCUAUGCAGUGUCCCUCGACAGCUCUGUCAGCUGGCUAGCCUCAAUGAGCUCUCCAUGGCUGGAAACUGCCUAGCAUCUCUCCCAUUAGAUCUUGGAAGAUCUCGGGAACUACAGUAUGUAUAUGUGGAUAACAAUGUUCAGCUAAAAGGCCUUCCCUCCUACCUCUACAACAAAGUGAUUGGCUGCAGCGGCUGUGGAUCACCAGUGCCUCUUACAGAGAACAGGCUUCUAUCUUUCACCUCUGGGCAACUCAGCAUCCAUGUCCCGGCUGAGGUAAAGUCUAUUGGUUCUGCAACAGACUUUGUGCUUCCCCUCCAGGAGCUUGUAUUGCGUUCCCUCCAUGCUGUUUUCUGCUCAUUUCUACAAGAUUUAAGUUGCACGACUCCUUUCUCAUUACCCAAAAGUCUACUGGAACUACUGAAGUGCCCUCUAGGCCACUGCCAUCGAUGCAGUCAAUCCAUGUUUACCAUUGUCUAUCCAAAGCUCUUUCCACUGAGAGAGACACCUAUGGCUGGACUUCAUCAGGGGAGGACCGCUGUUAGCUUUGUGGCUUAUUGCUGCUCAACCCAGUGUCUGCAAAUGUUUGACUUGCUAAGUUGAUAUAUAUUUUGGUUGCUACCCUUGGUUCAUCGUCUACUUUCUUAUGGGCUCCUCCUUUCCAUGAAGUGAUCUGCUCCCCAGAAGAUCCACCACUAAUACAUCUUGACUUUGUGAAAUUCAAGGACUUUUAUUUGUUCCGAUAUCGGCAUCUCUGGGUUACAUUUCUCUCUCUUUUUCCAGUGGGUCAUCUAGUAAAGUCUGUUUCUCCCACUGGGUGUUUCUAGAUUAAUCAAGAAAGCCACAGGGAGGUGAAAAAUCUAAAAUUAUUUUAAGAUUUUAGCCAGGAUAUUUUUUAAUGUAUUUGAUUUCAAGUAGGCUGCAGCGGUGAUGCAUUACUGGUAAGAAUGCCAAAUCACAAGGGAUUUAAUGGAGAUGUUAAAAGCUCCCUUGAUCUAUAAGUAUCACUGGGGAGCUGUACAAUGCAAUAGCAAUUGAUAAAAUUCCAAAGGCUGUUCUGCCCUUUUAAAGGCAGUUUUGCUGAAUUCUGGCAGCAUACAAUUACAUGUAGAUGAUGAUGCUUACAUAGUGUUUUAAUCAACUAAUGCUGUUCCCCAAUUGUCAUAACUCCCUACAGCUCCAGCAGCCAUUGGUAUCUGAAUAUCCCAUCCUUCCCGGUGGUUAUUUAACCCCCCGUAUGCCAGCAUAUGGUGACAUACUGUACCAGUGCAAUUGAUUCUGGGUUGCCUGGCAAACAGCAUUGUGAGCUCAGUAUGUCUCUGGCACAGAGAAGGGUUAAAGCGCAUGUUAUAAAAUAAUGCACUUAUAUCCAUUAUGUAUUGACAUACCGUGCUAAAUCUUAAUAUGUAAUAUUGUCCUGUUUUCCGGAGCAGCCUGCAGUUUACAGAUAAUUACUGGAUUGAUACAAUAUUUUAAGCAAUAGUGAUCCAGUUCAAAGCAAACUGAAGAAGAGCUUUUUAAUAGAGAUGCAUCAUUCAUUAUUAUUGGAUUUGGCCACAUCCAAUAAUCAUUAAUUAUCUGUUAAUACAAAACUGUCACUUUCGGUUCUUUUGGGACUUUCAAGGUACCUGAUGUUAAAGAACCACUAAUAUCAUAAAGUGAAAAUAUAACUUUUUUUAACAUAAAAAGUUUGUAUUUGUUGAUCCAGCAGCUACAAGUAAACUUUCCUGGCACUAAAUGUCCUAUUUUAUAUGAAUGGUUUUCAGUCUGUAGUCCUAUAUAGAGA